AUGAAAAGUUCAUUAUUUACCAUUAUACUGUUAAUAAUUGACAUUAAGUUAAUUAACGCUUUAAAUUUAAAAUUCAUUAAGGGUCCCAACUUGGAUAUUGAUAUAGAUCCCCUGGGACGUCACCCUUCACUUACUCCAAAUCCUAAAUUGUUAAAAAAAGGCAAAAAUGGUGCUAUUGCUUCAGAUUUAGAAAUUUGUUCAAAUUUAACAAUAAAUUCCAUCUUUAAAAAAUUCCCUAAUUCUAAUGCAGCGGAUGCUGCUGUAACUCAAACAUUAUGUAUUGGAUUAAUUAAUUCUUUCAAUAGUGGUAUUGGUGGCGGUGGAUAUGCAGUCUUUGGAUCAUCAGAUCUUAAAAAACAAGAUCAUUUAACUAUUGAUUUUCGUGAACAAGCUCCUGGGGCAGCUGAUAAAGAUAUGUUUGAGGAUUGUCCUGAUGCAUCGAAAGCUGGUGGGUUAUCUAUUGCUGUCCCUGGAGAAAUAGCUGGGAUUUACGAAUUAUUUAAAAAAAGAGGUAGCGGGCAAGUAACAUGGUAUAAUUUAGUCAAACCUGUAGCUGAAUUAGCUAUUAAAGGAUGGGAAGUCGAUGAAGUGCUAAGUGCAGCAUUAGAAGUAUAUGAACCAUAUUUAACCACCGAAGAACAAGCAGAAGAUUGGGCAUUUGUAUUAAAUAGUACCAAAAACGGUGUUAAAAGACGCGGUGAUUGGAUUAGUAGACCAAAGUUUGGACAAAUGUUAUUGGAAUUGGCACAUAAUGGUAGUUCUAAACCAUUUUAUGAUCCUGAAAGAUGGAUUGUUCAAUCAAUGUUGAAGGUGAUUAAGAAACAUGAUGGUAUUAUUACUGGAGAUGAUUUUGCCAAUUAUUUUGUUAAUUCGAGUAAACCUAUUAAUGUAACAUUUAGGUCUGGGUUUGAAUAUGCCCCUGAUAAUGAUCUCACAUUAAUUACAUCCACAGGCUCUAGUUCUGGUGCAGCUCUCUUAUCUGCUAUUAAGAUACUAGAUAAUUUUGAAAGCAUUGAAGGUAGUGAUUAUUUUGAAGAACAAUCUUUCCAAUUAAUUGAGACAAUGAAAUGGAUGGCGUCAGCAAGAAGUCGAUUAGGUGAUUAUUGUGUUGAUUAUAAAAAAGAUAAAUUACCAUCAAGAAUUGGGGAGAUCAUGGAUGAAGAUGUAUGGAUCCAAAAUGCAGUAGAAAAGAUUAAAAAUAAUAGUAAUUUGAAAGAGACAUGCCCCAAGGGGAAACGUAGGGAUUCCAAUAAUGAGACCUGUAUUUAUAAUAGAUUCCAAACACUAAAUUCUUGGAAAGAAUAUGACCCUAUCUAUGAGAUGAAUGAACCACAUGGUACAGCACAUUUUAGUAUUGUAGAUAGAUUUGGUAAUGCAGUAUCAUUAACUACAACAAUUAAUCUUUUAUUUGGAUCAUUAGUCCAUGAUCCUAAGACAGGUGUCAUCUUCAACAACGAAAUGGAUGAUUUUUCGCAACCUGGCAAAUCCAAUACUUUUGGAUUAGCUGCUUCCAAGUUUAAUUUCCCAGAACCUCUAAAGAGACCAUUAUCUAGUGCUGCUCCUGCGAUUAUCUUUAAUGAAUUAGGUUCUGUAGAAUUAGUCAUUGGUGCAUCUGGCGGAUCAAGAAUAACUACGAGCAUAUUACAAAAUAUCUUUAGAUUAUAUUGGAGUAAAAUGCCCUUACUAGAAAGUAUAGCUUACCCUAGAAUUCAUCAUCAAUUAUUACCGAAUAGAGUCGAAGUAGAGAGCUAUGCAAUGAUAGGGAAAGAAAGUAUUAAAGCCAUCAAAGCUAUGGGCCAUAAAGUAAUAGAACAAAUUCCCAAGAGUGUUGUCAACGGUAUUCAAAGAGUCAAUGGAGAUUGGCAUGCUGUGAGUGAUUACUGGAGGAAAAGAGGGGUGUCCAGUACCUUUUGA